GUUAUGUUUUAUUUAUUUUCAAAUGUCAAGAUAAGGAAGCAAUUUUCCUUUUCCAUUUUACUAGAAAGCAGUAUGAAUCCAUAUCCAUAUGUUUAUUGAAAAUAUGAAAUAUUGGCAUAAUAAUUGGCUUCCUGAUAAAUAUAAAACGUCCACUUUGUAAUACCAUACAGAAUCGCACUGGAAAUUCACCCCAAACACCGCCUAAAAUAUUAAGUUUUAAUACUAAAAGACUAAUUAUUGAAGAAUCUCAAUAUUAUGAAUUCAAGAAGAACGAGAAUUAAAGGCGUGGCCAAUAUUCCACAAAGAAAAAAAAACACAAAUGAAGCUGAUCAAAUUGCAAAGGAAGAGAGAAAUGAAGAAAGAAUAGUGGUAGAUACUGGAGCAAAAUGUUUGACAGAAAAUAUAUUGGAAAAAACUAAUACAGAUGUAAAUAAUCAAUCUGUUUAUAUAGAAAAUAUAAAGAAAGAGUCGCCAAUUGUGGUUUCUAUUAAAGUUGACAAUAUAGGAAAAAUAAAGAACGAGUCACUAACUGAUGUUUUCCUUAACAGUGACAAUGUAGAAAAAAUUAAUAAAGAGUCAUUAAUUGAAGUUUACCUUGACAAUGACAAUGUAGAAAAGGUAAAUAAAGAGUCACUAACUAAAGUUUCUCUUAACAGUGAUGAUAUAGAAGAAGUAAAUAAAGAGACACUAAUUCAACCUCCCCUUGUGAGUGAUAAUAAUCAUCUUUCAAAUCAAGAAGUAAAAGAAUCUUUGCAACAGUCACUUACAUGUAUUGAGACAAAAAAUAAAUUGAAUUAUCAGUGUGGCCUUCCAAGACGGAAGCUCUGGAAGCCAAAUAUAAAUCUUUCUAAUGAAAAAUCAUUAGUAAGUAACAGACAUGCUAAAGAAGAUGUGAAUAAUAUAAUUGACAUUAUUGCUGAAAAUAAAGAACCAGACAAUUUACCUCUUCAUAAAACUGAAGGUUUGUCAGAAGUGGAGAUACAUUCUGUAAAUGAUACAUCAAAUGAAUCAAAUUUAUUCUCUGUGGAUAUAUCUCGACCUUCAGUUAUAAAAUUCUCAAAUAAUAUAAAACAUGUUCAAUUUGAGGCCCAUAAUAAUGUAUCAGACUUAGAUUACCCUAUACCACCAUCAAGUCCAAGCAAAUUUAACAGAAGCAGAAUAAAGGCAGUGCCAAGACUAAGCCAGAGAAAAACUAGCUUUAGUGCUAGUGAAUCAGAAGAUGAGAGCAAAAAGUAUGGAAGAAUAAGAAAUAAUUCAGUCUGUUCAGUUGCUUCAACAAAUUGCCCUGAAUCAUCCACACCUUAUGAGACUGUGCCUCCAAAAGAAGUUAUACAAGUUAUUCCAAAGAAAAUUAUUAGGACUGAUCAGUCUAAAAGAUUAGCUGAGGCUAGAAAAGAAUUUUAUAAAAAGUUUAGGUCAAACAAUCCAGAAAAGAACAAAUUAAAAAUGAUUGAUUUAAUAUUUUAUAAUCCAACAACGAAUCCAAUGAGUCCAAAAAAUGUGGCUCAAGUCUCCGAAGAAAGAGAAAAUGAUAACUUAGAAGAUAAAAACAAUUCAGAGCAAAAGAAUCAAGAGAAUGAUGACCCGGUAAACAAAAAUGAUUCAGAAAAUGAUGUAUUGGUACCACAAAUUAAAAUAGGACCCUUUGGGGAAAUUAUACUAGAUGAAAGAAGUCUGAUUGUUGAAAAUACUGAAAUUGUUAAACAAAAAGAAAAAAUGCUAAAUUCAAAGUUAGUAGAUGGUAAUCUUGAUAUAGGCUAUGGAAUAUAUCGUAAGGCAGGAAGAUCAAAGGGCUGGAGUCACAAGGAGACUUUAAGAUUCUAUAAAGCCCUUAAUCUUAUUGGAACUGACUUUACUGUUAUGGCCGAAUUAUUUCCUAAAAGGAGUAGAAGAGAAUUAAAGUUAAAAUUCACCAAAGAAGAAAAAAUGAACAGACAUUUAAUUGAUAAAGCUAUAAUGCAGCCGUGUAACUAUAAUUUUACAGACCUAAAAAAAGAAAUUCAAAUGGAAGAAGAGGAAGAGGCAGCUAUUCAAAAAUUAAAAGAAAGCGAACUUGAACAGAAAAAGAAAGAAAAACAGUUCAAGAGGGGUAGAAGCAGAAGAAAAGAUAAUGAAUUGGCUCAUACUAAAUCAAGUGAUAAACUAAAGACUUCUGAUCAAAAUAUAGAGAAAUCUAAAAAUUACAAAGUUUCAACACCAAAGAAACUAAAACUAAAGUCUUUAAAUAUAAAUGCAGUAUUGCAAAGUGAUAGUGAUGCUGACAUUUCUGAUUUAGAUACACAGAGUGAAGAAGAGGAAGUUGCCUUGCCUAUUUUACAACCGACGCGUUCAGGUAGAAUGCCCAAAUUUACUAAGAGGUAUUCUAAUUUGGAUGAAAUAGAAAAACCUGCUAAAAGAGGAAGAUUGAUUUCUUUGAAUUCAUAUCCAGAGCUAAGCUCUGACAAACUUGUACCAGGAUCAGUGGUUAUAACAGCUGAAGAAGACUGUGAAAAUACCUAUAAAGUAUAUAUGGUAACACCUGAAAAAAAUUUAACACCACUGGAUUUAGACCCACUUAUCGUGGCUAAUUUGGUUAAAGAAAGGCAGCAAACAACAGAUCAAGAUAUUUCAGCAAACACAAUCAUUGAAAAUAACUUUACUAUUCCAGCAAAUGAUCAGAUUCAAAAUGACAGUUCAGCAGAAAAUGUUGGAACUUAUAUAUCAUUAUAAAUGUUUGUAUAAUA